ACUAUUUGUGUCUAAUAUUUUUUGUUGCGAUUUAAUGGAAUGUUAUUUAUUUUAGCAUUGAUUCUAAUGUGACGUAAAGCUUAAUAUAAUUAUAUAAUAACAACACAACUAAUAAAUACAUUAAUUGAUUGAAAAACAAAACAAUUAUUAGUAUUAAGUAAACAAUUAUUGGUUUUGCAUUGAUUUCAUUCAAUCAAUUAUUUGCAUAUAAUUUGCAAUCAAUUUAAUGAUAGAAUAGUUUUGUUUAUUAUAUAAACAAUUGAAUGCACUAUAAGUUUGAGUUAUUGAUUGCAUAACUGGUUCACCAAAUGGACAAUCAAUACAACAGUCGUUCUCCGGCCGUCAAACGGCUGUUCCGUGAGGCCAGAGAACUGAUGGACGACCGAUCGGCUGAGUAUUUUGCACAACCAUUAGAUGACAAUCUGUUUGAAUGGCAUUUCACGGUCAGAGGUCCGCCCGAUUCUGAGUUUGCUUCCGGUGUAUAUCAUGGGCGCAUCAUUUUGCCGACUGAAUACCCGAUGAAACCGCCGUCUAUUAUAAUGUUGACACCAAAUGGACGCUUUGAGAUCAACAAAAAAAUAUGUUUAAGUAUUUCAGGUCAUCAUCCGGAGUCUUGGCAGCCGUCGUGGUCUAUACGUACAGCUCUAUUGGCAAUCAUUGGUUUUAUGCCCACUGAAGGCAUGGGUGCCAUCGGAUCUCUCGAUUAUCCACCAGAAGAAAGAAAAGCAUUGGCUGUGAAAUCUGAGUCGUGGUGCUGUCCUUCUUGCGGACAAAUCUCGAAACUAUUGAAAACUCAAGACCCAAAUCCUACCGAAAGUGAUGCUAACAAAGAGGCUAAAGAACUGGCUAAACAAAUCUGUUUUAAAGGAACGAGCACAGAGUCAUCGCAAGACAACACUGAGACAUCCACUGCAACUGUUGACAACAAUACGACAGAUAUCACCGAUACGAACAACGAUGAACCGCCUGUCGACCCAAAUAGCGAACAACAGAGUUCAGAGACAGUAUUGAUUCGGCGAAACAUAAGUCAAACACAUUCCGGUCCGAUGCUCACCGCCAGCGCUAACCUAACAAUCAAUGUUAACCUAAACUCGACUUCUGCUUCGUCUCGAUUCACCACUUAUUUAAUUAUUGUUAUUUGUAUUGCAAUCGCAUUAUUGUUAUUUAGACGUCUCUUUUUGUUAUGAAUUUUGUUAUCAGAAUUAUAUUUUUAUGACAACAGUAUAAUAACUUAUCGUAACUUUAAGACAUUUUUUAAACACCGAUCUUUUAUUUAUAAAU